AUGCCAGAAUCUGAGUCCAGGCUCCCACCACCACCAGUCGAAUGGGCUCAACGAAAAAACGUGAUUUUCCUUACAAUCCAGUUGGAAGAUUGCAAAGAUCCGCAGAUCAAAAUAGAAACCGACAAAGUCUAUUUCAGAGGUGUUGGAGGAACGGACAAGAAAGAUCACGAACUCACAAUUGAACUGAUGCAUGAGAUCGUUCCAGAGGAUUCUAAGUAUUUUCGUCGGGACCGAAACAUCGAGAUGGUGCUAAAGAAGAAGGAAGGUAGCGAUAAGUUUUGGCCUCAUCUCCUUAAGGAAAAGAAGAAAUUUCACUGGCUGAAAGUUGAUUUCAAUAAGUGGAAAGAUGAGGAUGAUACCGACGAUGAGAUGGGUCAAGGAGAUGACCUGCAAGAGAUGAUGAGGCGGAUGGGAGGCCUGGGUGGUGGCGGCAUGGGAGGAAUGGGCGGCAUGGGCGACUUCGGAGGCCCUGAAGGAGAAAAGCCUAAUUUGAACGACCUGUCCGAUGAUUCCGAUGACGAGGAUUUGCCAGAUCUUGAAGAAAGGCAUGCUGUGAUGUUAUCAAGCAGUCGAACUUUCUUCAACAUAACGGAAUCAGCUAGUAGGAAAAAAGAAUAUUCUGAGCGUCGUCUGAUCGGGUACUCCAUGGAAGAGAUGUUCGAUGUCGUUUCAGAUGUGGGCAAGUACAAGACCUUCGUUCCUUGGUGCACAGACUCGCAGGUGCUCAAACGAAGACCUGGAUAUUUAGGCUGCAAACUGACGAUUGGGUUUCCACCGUUGAACGAAACUUACAAGUCGACUGUAACGCUUGCGAGACCGAAUCUAGUUAAAUCGGAGUGUGUUGACGGCCGGCUCUUCAAUUAUUUGCUCGCUAUUUGGCAGUUCAGUCCUGGUUUAUCUGGAAAUGCGAAGUCGUGCACGUUGGAUUUCUCCGUGAGAUUCGAGUUUCGAUCAUCACUUCAUUCACACCUUGCAGAGCUGUUCUUCAAAGAAGUUGUGAGAUCAAAUGUGAAAGCUUUUCUUGGAGAAGCGAAGCGGCGCCAGGAAAUGGAAAAGUCGAGUGAGAACGACAAGAAGCGAAAGCAGUUCGGAGGACGCCUUCUUACUCAGAAUGAUGACGUUUUUGAACACAAUGCAUGGGAUAACGUUGAACUGUCGGAAGAACAGAAGUUGUUGGCCGCAGAGAAAAUUUUGACGAAUUCGUCGGUUACCUUGACUCCCGAGGACCGUGCAAAGUUGCUUCAUCACGCUGCAUCCCAUUGGGACGCGUUCUACAAAGUCCAUGAUAACAAAUUUUUCAAAAACCGUCAGUGGAUCUUCACGGAGUUCCCGGAACUCAAGGGUGUGAGCGAGCCGAAUAUUUUGCCUGGAAACAUGGACAAAUUUCCUGGAGCGAUGGCUUCACGAAGGAUCCUCGAAGUGGGUUGCGGGGUCGGGGAUACAAUUUUCCCCAUUUUGGAGAACGAUCCUGACCUGAAUCUCUUCGUGUAUGGGUGUGAUUUCGCCGAAAGUGCUAUAGAAAUCGUCAAGUCGCACCCGGGAUAUAAAGAGAACUCCAAUCGUUGCCAUGCGUUUGUCGCGGAUGUCACGGACCCUGAUGCCACGUUUCCUUUUCCGAAAGGCAGCUUAGACUACAUAUUGUGUAUUUUUGUGCUUUCUGCAAUAGACCCCGAAAUAUUACCAAAUGUUAUAUCUCGCUUGACGGCAUGUCUGAAACCCGGAGGGAUGUUCCUCGUCAGAGACUACGGCUAUUGCGACAUGGCACAGCUUCGGUUCAAACCCGGGAAGUGUUUGUCCGAGAACUUCUACCAUCGCGGGGAUAAUACUUUAGUGCACUUUUUUACUGAGGAUAAAAUGAGAAAUCUCUUCACAUCUUGUGGACUGGAAGAAAGACAAGUUCAUGUGGACCGACGUUUGCAAGUGAACCGCGCAAGAAAGCUGCAGAUGUUUCGCGUUUGGAUUCAAUGUAAAUUUCAGAAAGCGUUAGAAGAUCCUGCAUGAUUUUGAAAUCAUUUUGUGAAAACAAGCUUAUGUUUCUUUAAA